AUGUUAGAUAGUGAAAUCUUUCCUAUCAGAAAUUCUCAUAAAUCAUACAUCUCAGGAAAGAAUUAUGAAGAUUUGUAAUCUUAACCAUCAUCCCCACUUAAACUCACUAGGAUUAAUGAUUUAAAAAAUUAAGUGGAAAACUAUUUAGAUAUGUUGGAAUCUAAAGUAACAAUGGUAAAAGAGAAAGCACUUUCUGAGUUCAUUAUAGCAUAUAAUGGUUAUAUGAGAUAAGUGAAGGAAGACUUGAAAUAUUUAAAGGAGAAAAGUGUCGAGAUGGAGAGAUACUAUAAAGAUAACAAACGCAUUCAAAAUAUGGAGUAAUAAUUAGAAUGGUUCAGAGAUGAAAGUGUUAAGCUGUAUACUAAAAUAGAGGUAAAAAACAAAGAUAUCUUUGAAUUGAAAUUUAGAUUGCAAGAAGUUCAAAAAGAAAACGAGUUCCUUGAAGAAUAAAUUAAGUAAUUGAUGCGAAAGAAUAAGAAAUAUGAAGUUAUUAGACACACAACAAGUGUGGCAACAGAAUAAGCAGAAUAAAUUAAAGAACAAUAAUUAUUCUGUACUUAACCAAAACCUAAAAGGAUUAUGUCAGGGUAUGCAUAACCAAAGCAUAUUAAAUAAUUGCAAGACAUCUUUGAAAGGAUACCACAUGAUGAUCAAAAUUAAAUAAUAAAUGAAGUUGCUCAGUAUGUGACAUUCAUCGAAAAUACUAAGACCAAGUAGAUACAAUUAUUACGCUAGAAAAUGAAUUAAGCAAUUUGUCAAUCAACAAAGGCAUUUGCAACGAGAAGUGAGUAUGAGGAAUUCUUUAUUGAUUGUGUUGAGGUAAUGAAUAAUAAAUAAUAAAGUAAGUUCGUAAAGAUAUUUUGAGACGUCGUCAAAAUGUUCAAGUUGACAAUAAAUUAUCUGAUUUUAAUGUUUUUAGAAAAGAAGAUAAAUUAAAAGUAUUAGAACUUGUGUUAAUAAAUGAAAAAUUGCUAUAAGCCUUACAUUAGAAAUUAUUUCCGAGUUUGCAUGCUGGAUAAUUCUUGGAGCCUACGACAAUAUAAACUGAAUAUUAGGAUAUAUUUCAUUAAAUUGAUAAAAAGAGAAGUUUUUCAACGAAAGACAGAAUGAUUAUUAAAAAGGGGAAGUUGUUGUAUAAGUGA